GUCAGUUUGGCGGGGAAAAGUCCUGAAAUUAGGGAAGUCAGGUCUAAAGGAAAAGGUGCUUGCACAUUGGAUGUUGGAAGGCUCUUUCAUACCAGGUGCGUUGAACUGCAUUGAUUCACAUUGAUUGGUGGUCAGUUGGAAGAAUGUCCCUUACAUUGGUGGUCAGUGGGAAGAAUGCUUCUUACAUCAAUGGUCCUUGGGAAGAAUGUCCCUUACAUUGAUGGUCUUUGGGAAGAAUGUCUCCUACAUCGAUGGUCAUUGGGAAGAAUGCUUCUUACAUCGAUGGUCAGUGGGAAGAAUGUUUCUUACAUCGAUGGUCAGUGGGAAGAAUGCUUCUUACAUCGAUGGUCAGUGGGAAGAAUGCUUCUUACAUCGAUGGUCAUUGGGAAGAAUGUCCCUUACAUUAAUGGUCUUUGGGAGGAAUGUCUCUUACAUUGAUCAACAGUGAGAAGAUACCCUCUUUUACAUUGGUGGUAAAGGGGAA